AUGUUGGCCCGGGGUAGGCCUCGGGGCCUCUGGCUGUGUCAUGGGUGCUCCGUCACAGGCCAGCAGCGACGUCUGCUGAAUCAUUUCAUCUCCAAAGCACCCGAACCAGAGCCCGAAACCCCUACCAUCCAACAACCACCCCUCCCUCGUCCUUCCCGCGCCCCCUUUACCCUCGCCGUAAAAGACAACAUCGCAACGACCACCCACCCAACAACAUGCGCCUCGGCCUUCCUCACCACCCACCACUCCCCCUUCGAAGCCACCAUCGUCAGGCAGCUCCGCGCGCGCGGCGCCCGCCUCGUCGGCAAGACCAACCUCGACGAGUUCGGCAUGGGCAGCCACAGCACGCACUCGGCGGCCGGCGCCGUGGCGCAGUCCCCAAGGGGGGAUGCGGGGGAUGAUGAAUACUCGGCGGGCGGUUCCUCCGGCGGUAGCGCUGUUGUCGUCGCUGCGGGAGAGGCUGAUGUUGCGCUGGGCACGGAUACCGGCGGGUCGGUGCGGCUGCCGGCCGCGUAUUGUGGUGUUGUCGGGUUCAAGCCGUCGUAUGGCAUGCUCUCGCGGUUUGGGGUGGUGCCGUAUGCGAACUCGCUAGAUACGGUGGGGUUGUUAGCGAGGGGGGUGGGGAGGAUAAGGGAGCUGGUUGUUGGCGAUGCGGGAGGGGGUGGGGGGCUGUGGAAGGAGGCGGAUUCGAGGGACCCGACUAGUUUGUCGGAGGCGGCGAGGGGGAGGUGCGUGGUCGGGAGAGAGGGGUAUGGAAGGGAGCAGAAGGAGGGGGGGGAUGUGUUAAGAGGGCUCCGAUUUGGAAUUCCGUUGGAGUACAACAUCGAGGAGCUCGACUCCGGGAUACGGGAUGCGUGGGCGAAAGCGGCAAAAAUAUUACAAGAGGAGUAUGGUGCGCGCGUGGUGCCGGUGUCGCUGCCGUCGACCAGGCACGCCCUGGCUGCGUACUACGUCAUCGCACCAGCCGAGGCGUCGUCCAACUUGGCCAAAUACGAUGGCGUGCGGUACGGCACGAGGGACACCGAUGCCGCGAGCGAUGCCGCCGGUGGGGUGCUCUACGCUGCGAGCCGCGGCAAGGGGUUUGGUGAUGAGGUGAAGCGGCGCAUCUUGCUUGGCUCGUACACCCUGAGCUCCGAGGCCAUGGACAACUACUUCAUCAAAGCGCAGCGGGUGCGUCGGCUGGUGCGGAAGGACUUCAACCGCGUGUUUGCGCUCGAUAACCCUCUUCAUGACAGAGAGACGUUUGAUCUCACAGAUCUGGACGAGAGCAUCGAAAUGGAGGAUAAGUGGGGGCCCGAGGAGGUGGACUUUUUACUCUGCCCGACAGCCCCGACGCUCGCGCCGAAACUAGCCGAUGUCAUGAAGCAGACGCCGCUCGAUGCUUACAUGAAUGAUGUGUUUACAGUACCCGCGAGCUUGGCAGGCUUGCCAGCCAUCAGCAUACCGAUGCCUGUUACGCUGGAGACGGAAAAUGUUGCAGGGAAGCCUGGCACGGCCGGGCUGCAACUCAUCGGGCAGUACUGGGACGAUGCCCGGCUGCUUGCUGUCGCGGAUGCCGUGUCAAAGACGCUUUAG